GGCCAGGAUUGGGGCGGGGGCGGGGCCGGGGCGGGGCUUGGGCAGUGGGACCCGCGGAGGACCCAGGGUCGGCCUGGCGGGGGUUCUGAGGGGAAGGGCGGCGGACCAAGAUGGACGGACACAGAAAGGGGCGGAACGCAGAAUGCUCACCCGGUUGGGCAAUGGCGGGAGCGUGAAGAGCAGCAGGGGAAUGUGGAGUGGGGCACAGAGGUGAGGCUGGGUCUCCUCCAGCCGUGCACACCUGUGGCCCCAGAGUGCGCGCCCAAGUGCAGCAGAAAUACCAGGCAACGUUGAGGGAGCGCCCCGAACUGUUUGAAGAGGCUCUGGGGGGUGGGGAAGGAGGCCUGCAGAUGUGGCUUCACUGGCUCACACAGCCGGAAAAUGUCUCAACUCCGUGAGGACAUAGCUGGAAGGGGCGUCUGAGGAGGAAGCAGGGUGCGCGGGAAACCAUGCCCCAGUGCAGGCCCCUGAAGGAGGUAUACCCCAUAGCCGGGGUGGGCAGUGGGCUCAGCUGCUGCCACAGCAGGCCAUCUAGGCGUGGGAGCAGAGACACCGGGGGCAGUGCUCCAAGUGCUGACCUCGCAGCUUCCAGGAACCAGGUGACCAUGGGAGGGGAGAGAGCAAGUGGGUACCCUGGGCAGGACAGAAGGAAGGACCACCAGCCAAGCACAAGGCCUGGCGCAGGGUAUCAGAGCUGAGGGAGAGGCUGGAGAUAGGUGGAAAGGAGGGUCUAAGGGCCAAGUCAUCCGGGCAUGGCCCAGUUCCAGCCCCAAACCCCUUCACCAGCAGCAGAUACGCCACCAUCCCGCACUCUGGCCCGUGAUACUUGGGGUCAUCAGACAGAGGAUAUCCAAACCGGCCCAACCCAAGGCUAGACCAGACUUGCCUGCUCCUUUCCCCUCAGGGAGUGGCUGGAGAAGUCAUUAGAUCGAGGGUCUGUCAAAGCAGAGGGCUCUUGUGCUAGCAGAAGCAAUGGUCCGUCUAGUACUGCCCUGACCACUUGCACCAUCCUCCAGGAACAGCUGCUGGCACUCAGUGGGUUCCCGCCCAGCCUUCUGUGCCUUCACUCCAGCUCCCUGGGCACCUGGCCAGGACUAGGCUUCGCAGGCCCCCCAGGAGGGACUGAGAAAUACCUGCCUCUUAUUCCACCAAGCCUCCCCCCAAGAAUCUAUGAGAAAAGCAGACACACCACCAAGGUUUCUGAUGAGGGGAAAGGAGGGAAGUGGCCAGCCCAGCCUGCCAUGUUGGGAGCUGGCAGAGCCCAGGCAUCUCUACUCCUGCGCUCCCUACCCCCCCUUGCUUCUGGGCUCUGUCCUGUGGCCCCUGGAUGUCAGCAUGCAUGCAAUCAAGGGCAUCCAAAGCUGGAGAGGCAGGAGGGAAGUUAUCUAUGUUCUUCCCAACACCCCUGGCCCCUGCUGAGGACACUGAGAUGGCACUUUGUCUGCCUCUUGGGUUCCAGAGACCAGCCCUUUUUCCUUCUUUUUGAAUUUUGACCUAUACGCAAAAAGAUUUUUGAUUUGAUUUUUUUCUCUUUUUUUGUUUUUGGGUCACAUCAGGCAAUGUUCAGGGGUUACUUCUGGUUCUGCACGCAGGAAUCACUCCUGGCAGUGGUUGGGGGACCAUGUGGGAUGCCUGGGAUUGAACCCAGGUUGGUGCCGUGCAAGGCAAAGGCCUUCCCCACUGUACCAUUGCUCCAACUCCAAGGUUGUUGUGGGUUUUUUUGUUUUGUUUUGUUUUAGUUUUGUUUUUAGGUUUGGAGCACAUCCAGCUGUGCUCACAGGGAUCACUCAUGGUGAUGCUUAGGGGACCAUAUCGGGUGCCAGGGAUUCAAACCAGGGUCGGCCAGAUGUCAGGCAGUCUUACCCCUUGUACAGAAUCUCUGACCCAUCCCUCCCCUCUUUCAAGUGUCAGCUGCUAUCCCUGGAGGUCCCUAGUCUAACUCUUAUCAUUGAUUAAAUCCUCACUUGUCCUCAUUUGAGACUAUUGUUUCCUGCAUCCCCCAGCAGCUUACCCUCAUCGCUUCUGGACCUCUCCAGCUACUGUGCAUGGCCCACCACUUUUUGUUUGGGGGGCCACAUUUGGCAGUGCAAAGGGGUUAUUCCUGGCUCUGUGCUCAGGAAUUGCUCCUGGCAGUGUUCGGGCAACUAUAUGGAAUGCCAGGGAUCGAACUGGAUCUGCUGCAUGUAAAGCAAGUGCCUUAUCUGCUGUACUAUUAAUCACUCCAGCCCCACCACUUCUUUUAUUGGGGGUUUUGGGCCACAUCCAGCUGUGCUCAGGUUUAAUCCUCACUUUGCAUUCAGGUCUCAGACUUUGCACUCAGGAGGUCUCAGGGGAUUAUAGGGGUGCUGGAGACCAAACCUGGGUUGUCUGCAAGCAAAGCAAGUACUCAACAUGCUGUACUAUCUCUUGGACCCUGGCCUACCACUUCUUAAGCUGUCCUGAGUCUGGAUUUGGAAGCAGGGGCAGACCAAAGUGUCCCCCACAGUAUGCCCCUCCCCCAACUCCUACCUCAGGUCCCAGCCAAGUGUGAAGCGGCUCUCUGCUUAUUUUCAGUCUGCUACCUCCCACUGGCCAGCCUUUGGGGGUUCCAAGUUCAAGUGGCUGAGGCCAAAGGUUCAUUUCCCCAGAACCCUCCUUUGUGACUUCACCCACUGAAGUCACCUGGGAGAUAAUGCUCAAUGUUCCAGCCCAGAGUCUUGGUCUCUGGGAAGCAGGGGCAAGAGGCCCAGCCGACCCAGAAGACUGUCCAGACUGUAAAUGGCCCAUGUCCCGCAGGGAUGUAGAGGGCUGUCUCAGAGGCACUGGGCUCUCCCGGCACCAUGGAUGACGCUGCCGUCCUCAAGCGACGAGGCUACAUCGUGGGGAUAAAUUUGGGAGAGGGCUCGUACGCAAAAGUCAAAUCCGCUUACUCUGAGCGCCUCAAGAUCAACGUGGCGAUUAAGAUCAUCGACCGCAAGAAAGCCCCCGCAGACUUCUUGGAGAAAUUCCUUCCCCGGGAAAUUGAGAUUCUGGCCAUGCUAAACCACAGCUCCAUCAUCAAGACCUAUGAGAUCUUCGAGACGUCUGAUGGCAAGGUCUACAUUGUCAUGGAGCUCGGUGUCCAGGGUGACCUCCUCGAGUUCAUCAAGACCCGGGGAGCCCUGCAUGAAGAUGAUGCUCGCAAGAAGUUCCACCAGCUCUCCUCGGCCAUCAAGUACUGCCACGACCUGGAUGUCGUCCACCGAGACCUCAAGUGUGAGAACCUUCUCCUUGACAAGGACUUCAACAUCAAGCUGUCCGACUUCGGCUUCUCCAAGCGCUGCCUUCGGGAUGAUAGUGGCCGACUGAUACUGAGCAAGACCUUCUGUGGGUCGGCGGCCUAUGCGGCCCCCGAGGUGCUGCAGGGCAUCCCCUACCAGCCCAAGGUGUAUGACAUCUGGAGCCUGGGCGUGAUUCUCUACAUCAUGGUCUGUGGCUCCAUGCCCUACGAUGACUCCAACAUCAAGAAGAUGCUGCGCAUCCAGAAGGAGCAUCGUGUCAAUUUCCCCCGCUCCAAGCACCUGACGGGUGAGUGCAAGGACCUCAUUUACCGCAUGCUACAGCCCGAUGUCAAUCGGCGGCUGCAAAUCGAUGAGAUUCUCAACCACUGCUGGGUGCAGCCAAAGGCACAGGGCCUGUCCUCUGCAAACAACAAGGAGGGAGAGACCUCCCGAGGUACUGAAUCCUCAUGGGCUGCUGAACAAGUCAGCUCUAAAAAGGAGUCUGCUGCCAAGCUAGAGACCGGGGAAGAGACAAAGCCCGAGAUACUUUCUGAAACAAAAGCCCAAGAGUCUACGCCAGUGCAAUUAGCAAGGCAGACAGAAGCCUUAAGUCCUACUACUGCUGACCAGCAGGAGUCAGAGGAAGCGGCCACUCCCGUGCUGCCCUCAGAGAUACACUCCUAGUGAGCCUCUUUCGGCCCAGGGGGCCAGCAGGCAAUCAAACAGAUCUCAUGGCUUCCAACUGGAGCUUCAAAGCCACCAUGGGGCCAUCCAGAAGAGGCAGGCAGUCUGGGAUGAGCCAUAUUUUCGUCAGUUUCCUCUUCUCCCUCCCGGUGAGCUGGGUAACCCACAUGGCUAAAGCAGCAAUAAAUCACUAUAUUAAUGUAGUGUCAAGGUGAAUGGCCUUUACCCUGGCUGGCUGCCUAUGCUCUUGCGUCCACAGAAAGGGAAACUUUGCACUGCCAACCCCCGAUCUGCCCCCCACACACCAGAGGGGCCCUGGGGAUCUGGGAUGGGGGUGGGGACCGGAUAAGACAGGCCCAAAAAGGAUGGCUGCCUGCAUAGAGUGGGGGGAGUCCCUCCCUCUGCCUUUGGGGCUGCGGUGGGCUCACAGUACCUCCACACCUGCAGCGUCACUGUGAUGGGGGAGAGGGUGCUGUUCUGCAAAAGGGCACAGGAACCCACCUCUUGUGCACCCUCAAAUUCCCACAUUGGGGGGCAAAUUGUUCACUCUGCUCCAGACACUCAAGACUCCCCCAUGUUCAGCCAGCACCCAGUGCUCCAUGGCAUCUAGGGGUGAUGAUGGUCUUUCCCUGACCUAGAGGCCCUGGCACUCCACGGUAUGGGACUCAGCCCAGCUGCAUGUGUCCCCAUUACUGUAUGACCUGGGCCACAUCCCAUCCCAGGGAGUCCUGAUCUGCGCCUGUGGGACAUUCCCUGUUGGGGUGGAAGAGCUGACCCAGGCGAGUAGAGGCGACCCUUGCAGUGCAGGUCCGUUGUUUCACAGGGACACUGGCAUGGGGUACAGAGCUGGGAGCAUGAGCCAGUCCUCACUUCCACUGUGGCACCUCUCUGCCUCCUCCAUUCUCUGCUGUGCCUCUUGGAGACCUC